AUGGCUCUCAACAGCACCAUAGCUCUGCUAAUGCUGUCUUCGACCGCAUCCACUACGAUUUCCAAUGAAACGGGAGCCUUUCCACAAUUGGUGAAUAGCAGUUUCCUCAUUGACGUUGUCAGCAGCAUCCAUGACCUGUAUAAUUUCCAUAAUUUCGUAUUCUACAUAUCGGAACGUUUGGCCAUGGAUACGGAUACGGCAGCGGACUUUUUUCAAAAUUUUUGGGAUACUUUUCCGACAGUGCCGCUGAUUGUUAUGAUAAAUAAUUCACAUGUGAUGGAUGGAUUUUUGAGUACCCCAUCGCUGUGUUUAGUUCUGACCACGGAACGUGAUGAUCCUAUCAUGGAAGUGGCAGCCUAUAGCUUGAAAGGAAUACGUCAUUUUAAGACAAUUUUUGUCCUGUUUCCCAUUGAGGAGAAUGAUGAUUUUUAUCAGAGCUUCGAAGACUAUAAUCGAUUUCAUGAAACCAUACGCGUGCUUUACGAUUGGGUGUGGAUGAAACAGUUCAUUAAUACGGCACUGAUUACGGUGCGGAAUAAUGUUUUCAUACUAGAUCCAUAUCCAACACCCACCUUGGUGAAUAUUACGGAAACUUGGAAUCCGGAGAGUUUUUUUGUGAAUUAUAGUGGAGAUUUUAAGGGUUAUGUGAUAAAUACCCCUAUACGUUAUGAUCUCCCGAGGGUCUUCUAUAUGAGUCGUCCUCGUAUUGGGGCCAGGACGAAACAUCAGGUAACUGGAGUGUCGGGGAAAAUUUUUACCGCUUUUGUACAUUCCAUCAACGCCACCUUUAAUGAGACCUUGACAGAUGGUCAGGAAACGGAAGCGGUGGAUAUUAACAACGUCAUUAAAAUGGUCGAAGAAAAACAUUUGGAGAUAAGCAUGCAUUCCUACACCGGCAUGAUUGGAGCUGGUGGGGGUAGUAGUUAUCCGAUUGGCAUCAAUGAUUGGUGUAUAAUGGUACCAUAUCGUAAUCGUUCACCCGAACACAUGUAUCUGCAGAAUGCCUUUCAAGAACACACCUGGUUGCUGUUGACUUUUAGUAUUUUCUAUAUUACCAUUGGCAUAUGGCUGUGCACGCCAUCGAAGUCACGGGAUUUGAGUUUGUCAUUUUUGCAAGCCAUCUGUUCCACCAUACUCAUCGUGCCCCUGAGAAUCCUUGUGCUACCCACUGGUCAUAUGCGUUUCUUAUUUAUUCUGCUGUUCCUUAUGGGUUUCUUCAUUACCAAUUUGUAUAAUUCGAAAUUGACCAGUUUCCUGACCACCACCACGGAGCAGCCACAAAUCAAUACGGUACAGGAUGUCAUUGAUGCCGGUUUGAAAAUUAUGAUCAUGGAUUAUGAAUAUGACAUUGUGGCAUCGAAUAAUUAUCCUCAACGAUUUAUGGAUCUGGUGAUGACGGUGAGUAAACCCGUAAUGGAUGAGCAUCGUGAUAGUUUCAACAGCAGUUAUGGCUACAGUGUUCCAUCGGAUCGUUGGAAUUUUCUAGAUAUACAACAACGUUAUUUGAGGAAACCAUUAUUUCGUUUGUCGAAAAUUUGUUUGGGGCCUUAUUAUCAUGUUUUCCCCUUGCAGCGAGAUUCUCAUCUGGCUUCUCCUCUGCAGUCGUUCAUUAUGUUCGCUUCGCAAUUGGGUUUGAUAAAAUUUUGGAAAAAUGAAGCCUUUGCCGAUGCCCUCUAUUUGGGUUAUGUUCGCAUGAUUCUGAUCGAUGAAACUUUAAUGCCUCUGAGUACCAGCUUCUUUCGUUUCAUUUGGUAUGUCUGGUGGUUGGGUUUAAUGUUGAGUGGUUUCGUAUUUUGCCUGGAAAUGAAGAGAAUAACGUGGCAGAGGGUGAGGGAUGUUUGGAUGAAAUUUUAUCGUAAAUUAUCGGAAGAUGUUUAUGAAGUGGAAUAG